GUUUGUACUAACUAAUAGAUAUAGGGAAUGAUCUUCCGUUGUUCUUCUCUCUCUAGGGUUACCUCCGUCAGCUGCCCCGGCCGUCGUCGCUGACUGUGUUGGAGUGCGAGUUUUUCUAUCAAGCUCUUCGAGGCUUCGCUUUGGUUGGAGUUUUAUUUCAUUUGAGGAGGUCAAUCGCGGACGGAGGAGCGUUGGAGAUUUCGGCGUGAUCUGUCAAAGUCGGCCUCCACGAAAGCUUCAUUUUGUUCCAGGGGUUUCGUGCUGUGAAUGGAGUGUUUUGUAUACAAAUACAAAAACAUGGUGAUAGGGACGAAGGAAGAAGAUCUUGAUUUUAAUAUGAAAGACGUUGCGGUAGAGAAAAGCAGUCCAGAGUUUCAGGUGGUAGGAGUGCUACUGAUUUUUGAGGCGGAUGAACGGCGGGUGCGUCCCCCUCCCGAGCCGCCGCCAUGGCCGCAGGUCCGAGGGACGAUUCGAGUUUUCUGGCUGAAUCAAAAGUCUUUGAUUUUUUGUUUUGUUUGCGGUUUCAGAGAUUGUUAUUUCUGCUUUGUUGUUUGCUUUUUCCUUUGUGUUCCUGUUUGUAAGACGUUGAUUUUGGAAGUGGAUGAUGAGAGGAAUAUGGUGACCGUUUAUGGCUUUAAGUUUCCCACUUUUGUAUCAGCGA